AUGGCUGCUGCCUCACCAAACCCAAGCACUCCGAUUCAGAACCGCCACCGGCGGCGCAGUACAAUACUCUCCCCCAACUCAAUUCCGAGAACGAAAAUAAGUUUCUGCGUCACCCGACCCGUAAAGUUCUCGUCUCUCAAGACUUACCAUGGCCGCGGAAAGAAAAUCUGCGUGUUGGGAGAAACUGAGGCCGCCGAGACCGAAGCCAGCAGUUGUUCUGUCAAGGAUGAGCUCUUCGUGCAGUUCUUUCGAGAAGCGUGGCCUUAUUUUCUGGCUCACAGGGGAAGCACUUUCGUUGUCUUAGUGUCAGCUGAGAUUAUCGAUAGCCCUCAUUUGGAUCCUUUACUGAUGGCAUGUUUGCUUAAUGAUUUGUUUUUGUGUCGUUUUACAUUUCUAGCAGGAUACGUGAUUGAUAUUUCUCUGCUUCAUGGGUUGGGAGUUAAAUUUGUUCUUGUACCGGGAACACAUAUCCAAAUCGACCGGCUUUUGGUAGAAAGAGGAUCCGAAGCCAAGUAUGUUGGUAGCUACAGAAUCACAGACUCUGACUCCCUUACUGCUUCAAUGGAUGCAUCCGGAAGGAUCCGGAGCAUGAUAGAAGCGAAGCUGUCCCCAGGCCCCUCAUUGAGUGGCAUCCGCCGUCAUGGAGAAAACGAACGUUUGCAUGAUGGUGUUACUGUUGCCAGUGGAAAUUUCCUGGCUGCUAAGAGAAGAGGGGUAGUUGAGGGAAUCGAUUACGCAUCGACUGGAGAAGUCAAGAAAAUUGAUGUUUCUUGCAUUCGUGAGAGGCUCGAUCAAGGCUCCAUUGUGCUUUUAAGCAAUCUAGGAUAUUCCAGUUCUGGGGAAGUCCUAAAUUGCAAUACCUAUGAAGUUGCUACAGCAUGUGCAAUGGCCCUUGGAGCAGAGAAACUCAUCUGCAUCAUAGAUGGCCCGAUUCUAGAUGAAUGCGGACGGCUUAUCCGUUUUCUGACUCUUCAAGAUGCGGACAUGUUAAUUCGUAAACGAGCAAUGCAAAGUGAGACUGCAGCAAAUUAUGUAAAAGCUGUAACUCAAGAUCUUGCUUGUCUUGCGCAUGACGAUUCAAAUGACACAUUCCCUUACGCAAAUGGGAAGGCUUUUAGCCGGACUCCCAAAUUCCAAAAUGGUGUCGGCUUUGAUAAUGGGAAUGGAUUUUGGUCCGCUGCCGAACAAGGCUUUGCUAUUGGAGGUCAGGAAAGGCUGAGCAGGUUAAAUGGUUACUUAUCCGAAUUAGCCGCUGCAGCUUUUGUUUGCAGAGGUGGUGUCCAGAGAGUUCAUUUAUUGGACGGCACUAUGGGCGGAGUUUUGCUUAAGGAAUUGUUUCAGAGAGAUGGAGUGGGUACAAUGGUGGCUAGCGAUCUUUAUGAAGGAAUGCGCACGGCCACGAUUUCAGAUCUCUAUGGAAUCCAGCAACUUUUGCUACCAUUAGAGGAAUCCGGCACUUUAAUAAAGAGGACUGAUGAAGAGCUACUUAAAGCAUUGGGUUCUUUCAUAGUUGCCGAAAGAGAAGGUCAGGUCAUUGCUUGUGCGGCUCUUUUUCCUUUCUUCAAUGAGAAAUGCGGAGAGGUGGCUGCUAUAGCUGUUUCUCCCGAAUGCCGUGGUCAAGGACAAGGAGACAAAUUACUUGAUUAUAUUGAGAAGAAGGCAUCUUCGCUUGGACUGCAAAAGCUUUUCUUACUGACAACACGCACGGCAGACUGGUUUGUGAGGCGUGGCUUCUCAGAAUGUUCGAUUGAGUAUUUACCAGAAGAGAGGAGAAAAAAGAUUAACAUAUCUCGUAGAUCCAAGUAUUACAUUAAGAGACUUCUACCUGAUACAAGCGGGAUUCGACUGAACAGGGCUUCUGCGUACUAAGACAUAUAAUACUAUCCUACUGGCAUGUGUCGUCAAGGUCGAGUGUUACUAUGCAAUAACUUUUAUCGUUGUCAAAUAUGAAGAGCGCUUGGAUACAAAUGCUCAAAUGAGUUUUUUGGUUAAUCAGGUUUAUUUUGAAAAUGUUACUAUAAUUAAUUGUUAGCGAGAUUCUGAAUUUAUAUUAAAACAAUAUUUUAAAUAAAAUAAUUAAUUUUGAUUGGAAGUUAUUAAAACAAUAUUUUAAAUAAAAUAAUUAAUUUUGAUUGGAAGU